UGCUCUCGGCUGUAAUUUUCUCCGAGUUUUCCAGACUGGGGCUCCUGAUCUGGCCUCCAGAGGGUUCGAGGUACCUGGGCCAGGGUUGUGUUUCCACACCUGUGUCUCAACCUUCAACCCCUCAGCUCAAGUCCCAGUACCAGUCCCAUCUUGGGACCUCCUGGUCAGACCCGUGCAGCUCCAGAGGACGCCGCUGCCACUGUUGCUGUCCGGAGCCCCAAUGGGGGAGUGAGAGGCCACAGCCGGCCGGACAUGGGCCUCCCCACCGUGCCUGGCCUGCUGCUGCCACUGGUGCUCCUGGCUCUGCUGGUGGGGAUACACUUGUCAGGGGUCAUUGGAUUGGUCCCUCCCCUCGGGGACCGAGAGAAGAGGGAUAGUCUAUGUCCCCAGGGAAAAUACAGCCACCCUCAGAAUAAUUCCAUCUGCUGUACCAAGUGCCAUAAAGGAACCUACUUGCACAAUGACUGUCCAGGGCCUGGGAUGGACACAGACUGCCGGGAGUGUGAAAGAGGCACUUUUACCGCUUCCGAGAACCACCUCCCACGGUGCCUCAGCUGCUCCAUGUGUCGAAAAGAAAUGUCCCAGGUGGAGAUUUCUCCUUGUACCGUGGACCAGGACACAGUGUGUGGCUGCAGGAAGAACCAGUUCCGGGACUACUUGAGCGGAAAACAUUUCAAGUGCACGGAUUGCAGCCUCUGUCUCAAUGGCACCGUAACUAUCCCCUGUCAGGAGCGACAGAACACUGUGUGCACCUGCCAUGCAGGGUUCUUUCUAAAAGCAAACGAAUGUGUCUCCUGUAGUAACUGCAAGGAAAACCAGGAGUGCCAGAAGUUGUGCCUAAUACUCCCACCUGAACAUGUUAAGUCUCAGAACUCAGGCACCACAGUGCUGUUGCCCUUGGUGAUCGUCUUUGGUGUUUGCCUUUUAUCCUUCCUCUUCGUUGGUUUAAUGUGCCGCUACCCGAGGUGGAAGCCCAAGCUCUACUCCAUCAUUUGUGGGACGUCAGUACCUGUAAAAGAGGGGGAGCUCGAAGGAAUUAAUACUAAGCCCCCAGCCUCAGCUCCAAGUUUCAGUACCCCCCUGGACUUCGGUUCCAGCCCCAGCUUCCCUUCCAUCCCCAGUUCCCCCCUUACCUACAGCCCCACUUUCACCCCCACUGACUGGCCCUGGGCCGUGCCAUCAGCCCUCAGAGAGGUGGCCUCACCUUACCAGAGGGCUGACCCCAUCCUUCCUCCAGUCCUCACCUCCACGCCUAUCCCUAACCCUGUUCAGAAGUGGGAGGACAGCGUCCAGAUGCAGCGUCCCGAUGACCCCGCCAUGCUGUAUGCGGUGGUGGACGGCGUGCCCCCUACGCGCUGGAAGGAGUUCAUGAGGCGCCUGGGGCUGAAGGAGCACGAGAUCGAGCGGCUGGAGCUGCAGAACGGGCGCUGCCUGCGCGAGGCGCACUACAGCAUGCUGGAGGCCUGGCGGCGACAAACGCCACACCGCGAGGCCACGCUGGACCUGCUGGACCGCGUGCUCGUGGACAUGGACCUGCUCGGUUGCUUGGAGAACAUCCGCGAGACGCUGCGUGCCCAAGGCCACCUCAGAUGAGGCCAUGUCCCCCCGCUCUGGGGAGGGGCCUGCCCUGGUGACAGCUGCUUCCUGCCCAGGCAGUUCUGAAGGACAGUCCUGCAAGAUGUCCUGCAGACCCCUCCUUUUCUGGAGGGUCUUGGAGGGACAGGCGCGAGCUGGCAGCCACUUGGUGCUACCCCUUUGGUGUACAUAACUUUUCUCAGUGGCUUGAGCACCACCUGAGGGCCAGCCCUGUGUGCGUUGUGAGGUGUGGCAAUUGUCUGUUGGUGGCUGAUUGAUGGAGCCAAAGGUGAAUGGAACAGGUGGUCGCAGAGAAAAAGGGGCUCAAGGUCGCUUGCCCAUUUUGGGUGCAGAGCACCCAGCAAGUCUGCUCAGGGGCCCUUGGUUGGUUCCUGGUCUUUUUCACAGUAGAUAAGCAAUUUUUGUAUCAAUCAUAGUACACUAAUGGAAACUUGUCACCGCUUUGCCUGGACAGGCACGGAGUAAGCUGAAUUGUCACAAGGCAGUAGCAAGCACAGAACAAUGGGGCCUCCAGUUGGAGCCGUGGACUUUUGUAAAUACACUAAAACUUGAAAUUAAACCUCUGGUCCUGGAGGAACUGGUCUGUUGGGGGAGAGGCCAGGGCAGAGGCCAGGAAUCCUCAUGAGGGUGGGAUGGGAAAUGACAAGGCCAGACAGUUGAAGGCCAUCAUGCCAGUGGACAGAGAAGGAGACUGUGCUCAUUGUGUCACUCUGCUACCCAGGUUCUCUUUCCUUCCACCCUCAUACAUCACUGACCAAACAGUAACUUUUCUGUACAACUU